AUGACUGACAGAACCCGUGACUCGAGCUCUAUUCGUUUUAGAAGUUCGUCUCUCGACUCCCGAACGAGUUCUUUUCAGGUUCUGCCUAAGUUCAGUACUUGAUUCCGUAUUUCCAACCAGUCCGGAAAACCGAAACAGAAAAUGGCGCAUAAAACGGGCACAUUAAAUGAAGCUCAAGCUCGUCUUGAACACAAAAUGGCUGUAAAUCGAGACUACAUUUUCCAGCCGCGAAUGUCUUACAGAACCGUAUCUGGUGUAAAUGGUCCAUUGGUCAUUUUGGAUGAUGUCAAGUUUCCCAAGUAUGCCGAAAUUGUAAAUCUUCGUCUUCAUGAUGGCACCAUUAGAUCAGGGCAGGUGUUGGAGGUUAGCGGUAGCAAAGCUGUUGUUCAGGUGUUUGAGGGAACUUCUGGCAUAGAUGCUAAAAACACAGUAUGUGAAUUUACUGGGGACAUUUUGAAGUCCCCUGUGUCUGAAGAUAUGCUUGGCCGUGUAUUCAAUGGGUCAGGAAAGCCAAUUGACAAAGGACCUACAGUGUUGGCCGAAGACUUUCUAGAUAUUCAGGGUCAACCAAUCAACCCCCAUUCUCGUAUCUACCCAGAGGAGAUGAUUCAGACUGGUAUCUCUGCUAUCGACAUCAUGAACUCCAUCGCCCGUGGCCAAAAAAUUCCAAUUUUCUCAGCUGCCGGUCUUCCUCACAACGAGAUUGCCGCUCAAAUCUGUCGUCAAGGUGGUUUGGUUAAGGUCCCUGGAAAAUCAGUCCUUGACGAUCAUGAUGACAAUUUUGCCAUUGUUUUCGCCGCUAUGGGUGUUAACAUGGAAACUGCCCGCUUUUUCAAGCAAGAUUUCGAGGAAAAUGGCUCAAUGGAGAACGUGUGCUUGUUCUUGAAUUUGGCCAAUGAUCCUACUAUUGAGCGCAUUAUCACUCCGCGUCUUGCGUUGACUGCUGCUGAAUUUUUGGCUUACCAGUGCGAGAAACACGUUUUGGUCAUUCUAACGGAUAUGUCGUCGUAUGCCGAAGCUUUGCGUGAAGUUUCUGCCGCCCGAGAAGAGGUACCUGGUCGACGAGGUUUUCCAGGCUACAUGUACACCGAUUUGGCUACAAUUUAUGAGAGAGCUGGGCGUGUUGAAGGACGAAAUGGAUCCAUUACGCAAAUUCCAAUCUUGACUAUGCCUAACGAUGAUAUCACUCACCCUAUUCCCGAUUUGACCGGUUACAUUACUGAGGGUCAAAUUUAUGUCGAUCGUCAAUUGCACAACAGGCAAAUCUAUCCUCCCAUCAACGUACUUCCAUCGCUUUCACGUUUGAUGAAGUCAGCUAUUGGCGAGGGCAUGACGCGAAAAGAUCACUCUGACGUUUCCAAUCAAUUGUAUGCCUGCUAUGCCAUCGGCAAAGAUGUCCAAGCAAUGAAAGCUGUCGUUGGUGAAGAAGCUCUCACACCUGACGAUCUGCUCUACUUGGAGUUUUUGACUAAAUUCGAAAAGAACUUCAUUGCCCAAGGAAAUUACGAAAACCGUACUGUCUUUGAGUCUCUAGAUAUUGGCUGGCAGCUACUACGUAUUUUCCCCAAGGAGAUGCUUAAGCGUAUUCCUGCUAGUGUGUUGGCAGAAUUUUACCCGCGUGAUGCCCGCCAAGGCAAAUAAGCCUGUAACGUGGAAUGGUAUCCCAGCGUGGCCAUGGCUGAUUAGAUAAUGAUUCCCAUUUCGCAUUCGCGUCCUUUCAAUAAUUCCAUACUUUUAUUGUUUUGAUUGGUGGGAAUUUCCUUUGAGUAGCGAACAAUUUCGUGUUCAGUUCUAGUACCGAGAUGGACUUGUCACCAAUGUGGAAUCUUGAUGUGCUCUGAAUAACUUGUCCUGUUUUUUUUUUGUUUUUUUUUUGUUAAAUACAUUAAAUGUCUAUCCGUCUUUA